UGGUGCUGGUGCCACUUAGACUCCUGCACUUUAGCUCAAAGUGAUACAACGCAAGUAGUGAAGAACAGAAACUGAGACUUCUAACUGCAGCUGACCAAGAAAGGAAGCGAGAAUCACCCAGAACAUUAUGCGUGAAUGCAUCUCUGUUCAUGUUGGACAAGCUGGAGUUCAGAUUGGCAAUGCAUGCUGGGAGCUUUUCUGCCUUGAACAUGGCAUCCAGCCAGAUGGUACUUUCCAGAAUCAACAAAAUAAUUUGAAUGAUGAUGACUCUUUUACCACGUUCUUUAGUGAAACGCGUAAUGAAAAGCACGUGCCACGGGCUGUUAUGGUGGACCUAGAACCUACAGUAGUAGAUGAAGUGCGGGCUGGGACCUACCGCCAGCUUUUCCACCCAGAACAACUGAUUACUGGCAAGGAAGAUGCAGCUAAUAAUUAUGCUCGUGGUCACUACACCAUUGGCAAGGAGAGCAUUGACAUGGUACUGGAUCGUAUUCGUAAGCUGACUGAUGCCUGCUGUGGUCUACAAGGGUUCCUGAUUUUUCACAGCUUUGGUGGAGGCACGGGCUCUGGCUUUACCUCCUUGCUGAUGGAACGCCUUUCUGUGGACUAUGGCAAGAAGUCCAAACUGGAGUUUGCCAUCUAUCCAGCCCCACAGGUUUCCACAGCAGUGGUGGAGCCCUACAAUUCUAUCCUGACCACCCACACCACUCUGGAGCACUCUGACUGUGCCUUCAUGGUGGACAAUGAGGCCAUCUAUGACAUCUGUCGUCGUAACCUGGACAUUGAAUGUCCCACUUACACCAACCUGAACCGCCUCAUCAGCCAGAUCGUCUCCUCUAUCACUGCUUCCUUGCGCUUUGAUGGUGCCCUGAACGUGGACCUGACAGAGUUCCAAACCAACUUGGUGCCCUACCCUCGCAUCCACUUCCCAUUGGUGACCUAUGCUCCCAUCGUCUCCUCUGAGAAGGCCUACCAUGAGCAGCUCUCUGUGGCUGAGAUCACCAGCUCUUGCUUUGAGCCCAGCAACCAGAUGGUGAAAUGUGACCCUCGUCAUGGGAAAUACAUGGCCUGCUGCAUGCUCUACCGUGGUGAUGUAGUGCCCAAAGAAGUCAAUGUAGCAAUUGCUGCCAUCAAGACCAAAAGAACAAUCCAGUUUGUGGAUUGGUGCCCCACUGGAUUCAAGGUUGGCAUCAAUUACCAGCCACCUACUGUAGUCCCCGGGGGUGACCUGGCUCAAGUCCAACGUGCUGUCUGCAUGCUCAGCAAUACCACUGCCAUUGCUGAGGCCUGGGCGAGGCUGGAUCACAAGUUUGACCUGAUGUACGCCAAGCGAGCUUUUGUGCACUGGUAUGUGGGUGAAGGCAUGGAGGAAGGAGAGUUCUCUGAGGCCCGAGAAGAUCUGGCUGCCCUGGAGAAAGACUACGAAGAAGUCGGGACUGACUCGUUUGAAGAAGAAAAUGAUGGGGAAGAAUUUUAAAAAAGACAGUUUGCCCCAGACUGCACAUGAAGGCAUUUUUAGCAGCUCUUCACUGUGCUAGGGGUACACUUUUAUCAAACUCUCUGCAACACGACUUCUGUUUGUUUAAUAGGAACUGGAAGAAGAAAGAAUAAAAGAUGCAUGGUGGAAAUGUC